AGGAGAAAAGUCUCUGGCAUGGAAGGAGAAAACCACACAGAAGUAUCACAGUUCCUCCUGCUGGGUCUUUCAGACAACCCUCAGUUACAGCCCCUCCUCUUCUGGAUGUUUUUGUCCAUGUAUCUGGUCACAGUGCUUGGGAACCUGCUCAUCAUCCUGGCAACCAGCUCUGACUCCCAUCUCCACACCCCCAUGUACUUCUUUCUUUCCAACCUGUCCUUUGUGGACAUCUGUUUUACAUCUACCACCAUCCCAAAAAUGCUUGUGAACAUUCAGGCACAGAACAAACGUAUCUCCUACAUCCAAUGCCUCACUCAGGUAUAUUUUUUUAUAAUUUUUGCUGGAAUGGACAAUUUCCUACUGACUGUGAUGGCUUUUGAUCGCUUUGUGGCCAUUUGUCACCCCUUGAAUUACACAGUCAUCAUGAGCCCAUACUUCUGUGGCCUCCUGGUUCUGAUGUCCUGGAUCAUCAUGAUCUUGGUCUCCCUUCUGCAUAUUCUAGUGAUGAAGCGAUUGACUUUCUCCAUACAGACUGAAAUUCCCCAUUUCUUCUGUGAAUUAGCUCAGGUUUUAAAGGUGGCCAGCUCUGAUACUCUCAUCAAUAAUAUCUUGUCAUAUGUGGCUACUGCCCUGUUGUGUGUGCUCCCUGUCUCUGGCAUCGUCUUCUCUUACUCUCAGAUUGUCUCCACCCUAUUAAGAAUGUCUUCCAUAGAAAGCAAGUACAAAGCAUUUUCUACUUGUGCGUCUCAUCUCUGUGUGGUCUGCUUAUUCUAUGGAACAGCACUUAGUGUUUACCUCAGCUCUGCUUUAACCCAUUCUUCCCAGGGAAACACCAUUGCCUCAGUGAUGUAUACUGUGGUCACGCCCAUGCUGAACCCUUUCAUCUAUAGCCUGAGGAACAAGGAUGUAAAGAGAGCUCUGGGAAGUCUCAGCAGAGCAGUCUCUUGUCCUUGA